AUGGUUUGUGAAGAUUUUACUGAAAGUGCAGAUGGAAAUUUUGAAAAUAAUAUUUCGAUAGGUUUAGGUAGAGGUUUUGAGUCAAAUUUGGUUAAUAGUUCAUGUUUACUGAAGCAAGUUCAUAGUGAUGCAUCUGAAGG